AUGCCAACUGUGCGACCAGAUGAAUCCACGAGGGCCGAGGAGCUGAAGCGCCCCUGCCCGGCCCCUGCCCGGCCCCCGCCCGCGGCGGCCGCAGAGAACAUUCCGUGGUCACUUCAGCACGCAGACCUGGCGCGGCCCCGACCCUCCCAGCCGCGAUCAGGGAAAUCAGGAAUGUCCUGCCCUAAUGAAAAGCCGGUUCAUAGCGGUGGCGGCGGCGGCGGCGGCGGCGUGGGGGGGCCCGGCUCCCCCCGAGCAGCGCCUCCCUCCUCCGCCUCCGGGCCGGACAGGACAGAGCCGCGCUUGUGCCUCCUGCCCGCCCGCUCCGGCCCGCCGCGUCCCCUGAGCCCGGUACAUCCGCAGCCGGGGCCGGCCCGGCCGCACGGCCCCGCGGGCCCGGAGGGUCAAGGAGGGGCUGGAUGCUCUGCUGGCUCGGAGGACCGGCCCUCCGUGCUCUUCGGCCAGACGGACCUGCCGGCGGGGGCUCGCAGCCCCGGCACCCUCCUCUCCUCCCCGCCCCGCCCCAGCGCCCUCACAGUGACAACGGAGCGCGGGGGUCAGUCAGGGAGCCCUCCAGGAGCCGGGAUGGGCCGGGACCCCCAGUCCUUGGAUAAAUGGACGGCCCAGAAGUUCAGGACCCCUUUAGAGAGCCUACAAGGCUCCAACCAAGGACUCUGUCUCUGGCAGCAGCACCAGGACACCUGGAACCGGCCCCGACCCCUGCCUGGGGGCAACCAUCCAGGAGUGGCUGCUAGAGCAGCCGUCGAUGAGUUAAUCACUGCCAGCCCUGGCUGGGGGAGCCCGAGGCUGAGCACACCCCUGGCAAGGCCCCGCAGCUCUCCACACUGGCUGUCUCACCAGCAGGGGCCUCCAGCCAACCGGCACCUUAUCCCUAUCGCCUCAUAA